GAAACAGUGCUGUAUCAAUCUACCCGCAUUCUCUGUCGUCCCUCCUCGCUGCUAUAUAUAUAUAUAUAUAUAUAUAUAUAUAUAUGGUAAAGGUAUUAUACUGUACUACCUAGAUAGAUACUUGCUAAAAGCCCAGACACGUGUUUCGCCGAUAUUCUGCCUCCGCGUGACACAGCUGCGAGGUGUUCGGCUCUUCAGUGGGACCCCCAGCCUUCUCUAGCGGUUUCUGGUAUAUGAACUCCAGAGAAUAAUCAGGUGAAUAAUUUCAGAAAUUAAUCAGUGCAGGACUUGGAGUUAAAUCUCCGGGACAUGAAAUUUCGGUUCUGACCCUAAAAAGUCAUGUCCCGGAGAUUUAACUCCAUGUCCUGCACUGAUUAAUUUCUGAAAUUAUUCACCUGAUUAUUCUCUGGAGUUCAUUUACCAGAAACCGCUAGAGAACGCUGGGGGUCCCACUGAAGAGCCGAACACCUCGCAGCUGUGUCACGCAGCCGCAGAAUAUCGGCGAUACACGUGUCUCUGCUUUUAGCAAGUAUCUAGGUCGGGAGUACGGUAUAAUACCUUUACCAUAUGGAAUUCAUACUACUCGUGGUUAUUCCACGGUAGUUGAUUGCAUUCGACUCAAAUGUUCAUUGAAAUUUCGGUUCUGACCCUAAAAUGUCACACAUUAAAAUGUGUCCGAACUUGUUGAAAGACACUUAAGGAAGCACCAAAUUCAGGUGGCGCACCGACCGACGACUACUUUGCGCACUCAGCUUGUGCACCCUAAAGAUAGGGUUAACUAUCUGGACAAAAAAGAAGUCGUUUACAAGAUACCUUGUGAAGCGUGUGAUGCCGUCUGUUGUGGCCAGACUGGAAAAUGCGCCUCUACACGCAUCCACGAACACCAGUUGGCAGUGAGGAGGCGAGACCAUCUGUCUCAAGUGGCCAUGCACACCCUGGACACCGGUCACACUUUCGCUUGGGAGAAAACUCGCAUUGUCGCUGUGUGCCCCUCAGAGAAAGGCCAAGAGUUCCUUGAGGCCAUGCACUCAGACGAAUCAUGCAUCAACCGGCACAUCGAGUUAGAUGCCGCGUACAGAAAUCUGAAGGAGAGAUGGAAGAGGCGAGGACCAAUCAGAACGGACUGACACACGACGGCCGCUUACUGGCGUGAGCGUCAAACGAUGAUCGAUUUUUUACGUGCACUUAAGAUGUUAGCCGUGUUGGCGCAUUUGUUUUCCGUCUGUGCCUGACGACGACUCGGGGAACCGGCGUCGAAAAUUUGCAUAAUAAACUUCCUUUCCCAAAGCACACAUUCGACUUCGAAAUAUAUGUAUAUAUAUAUCAACAUGAGUGAUAUAUUGAAGUCAAGGGUGUUCUUUGGGAAAAGGAGUUUUAUUGCGUGAAUUUUCGACGCUUGUUCCCCAGGUCGCCGUCAGACGCAGACAAAGAGCAAAUGUGCCGACAACGGUUAACAUCUGGCAGUGCACUUGAAAAUCGAUGAUUGUUCGGCGCUCGAGCCUGUGAGCGACCGCUAUCUGCUUCAUUCUGUUGUGAUUGGCUCUCGUCUCUUCCACUUAUCUUUGAGACUUUUGUACGUGGCGUCCAACUUGAUGUGCCUCUUUGACCACAAGAAAGCGCAUCACGGGCCUCACACGGGAUCUUGUAGACGACUUCCUUUUUAUCCAAAUAGCUGACCCUAUCCUUAGGUUGUGCUAUCUCAGUGCGUAAGGUAGUCGUUGAUCUGUGUGCUACUAGGAUUUGGUGCUUCCUUAGGUGCCUUGCAAGGAGUUCCGACACGUUUUUACUGUAAGGGAGAGUUCGCCAAGUGUUUCGUUUCGGUGCCUGAUUGGAAGUACUUGAUUCCAUUUCUUUUGACUCGUUCUGUCUCAUGCAUCUCUCGGUUUUAAAAGACUCCAAUUUCCGAAUAAUUCUGAAUUUGACCUGCUGUAACACCUGCAUUCUAUCAAGAAAACCACAAAAUUAAGGCUCAUAAAAACCUUCAGUAGAUGUGUACCACGUAUACUUUAAAGGCAGCCUUAAUAAAUGGACAGGUGCGAUGCUUUAUGAAUGAACAUUUCGCGGUCUCAAAAAGUCUCGUAAUCAGAAAAAGUUUUUUUUAAUCGAAAAAUAACUCUUCCUUAAACACGGGGUUUAAAGAUGGCGUAAUUUACCACCAAAUGAUCACAAGAAUAUUUUUGCGCAUGUUUUUUGUAAAAUACAUUUGAAUUUUUAAGGACGUCAAAAAUCAAUGGGGACUUUCGAACUACUGAAAUAGUCAUUUUUUGAGUGUAGCUUUUGCAAAUUUUCGGAAAGAAGCUCAUUCAAAAGGUGGAAUUCUGGUGUGACCGAUGUAUUUUGAGAUUGUGCUGCAAGAUAGCUAAUAUUUAAAGCCUACUUAAGUAACCUUUUCGAAUCAGGGACAGAUUCCACGACUUCGUUAGCAUUUCGUGGGAUAGCACGUUCCUCUUUAAUUUAGUCAUUGAUGAGGUCUGUCGUAGUUCAUGCCUCAUAAUUUUUUGGAAAACUGACUGUGAGCUUUCGAUUCAACCUAGUAUAACCACGUAGUCGGUUUAUGGGAGACUUAGGUACUAUUUUCUUUUGAAUACCUGGUUUUUUCAAAUUCUCCUUCGGUGUUGAGGGUCUUCGUCCGUUGGAGAACUGGUUCAAGUGUUUGUCACUUUUUACCUUCCCAAACUUUCCUGUUUGCUAUAUGUUGUUAAGACAAACUAGUUUUCCAAUCAUAUAGCGGCACCGCUCGUUCGCUGGGCCUGACAGAACAGCACAAGGCGCGUAGUAAUCCCAGCACAUCUGCAGACAGUCUUCUUUCCGACCAGCGACUGCUGCUUCAGGAACAAGAUGCCCACCUGGACCAACUAGGCAACAGCAUCUCCCGCCUGAAGGACAUCUCUCACCGUAUGGGUGGUGAGCUGGGUGAUCAGGUAGCCCUGCUGGACACGUUUGGCGAAGAGAUGGCACAGACGGAGUCUAAACUCGACAACGCGAUGAUGCGUGCCGCACGUUUACUUCAUCUGGACAGUGAUCGUAGCCAGUGGUGGGCCAUUAGCGUCCUCUUCUUAACCCUCCUCAUAAUUAUAGUCCUUCUCGCAGUUUUAUAA